UGCAGUUUUUACAUAGAUGCACUUAUGGAUCUACAUGGAUGCGAUCUCGGCUCACUGCAAGCUCUGCCUCCCGGGUUCAGGCCAUUCUCCUGCCUCAGCCUCCAGAGUAGCUGGGACUACAGGUGCCUGCAACCACGCCUGGCAAAUUUUUUUGUAUUUUUAGUAGAGACGGGGUUUCACCAUGUGAGCCAGGACAGUCUCGAACUCCUGACCUCGUGAUCCACCCGCCUCGGCCUCCCAAAGUGCUGGGAUUACAGGCGUGAGCCACCGUGCCCGGCUGCUUUUGUUGAAUUUAAAGUGGAUGUGAGACGCUCCUAAGAAUAUCGUUCACUGUAAAAGCAGACUUUUUUGGAUUUGAGUCUUGGAAUUCUUAACUGUAUUUUCACCUAAGAUUUAAAACAAGUUUAAAUACUAGUUUGUAAUUGGCAAGACUUGGGAAAGAUACGAUCCUUUAAUGAUCCUGGGUCUCAACUUACCUUUCUUUCAUUUUUCCUUUAUUUCAGAAGAGGGAUAAGAACUUUUUCUGAAGAGCAGUCAACUUUUCCUUUCAGUGUAUAGGAUUACUUCCACGAAUCUGUGAACUUAAUCUUUGCUGCCAAAUAACUUGCAGUAGAUGCUAGGAUAGUUUUAAAUCUAUUUUAACUUAUACAUUCAGUACAUAAGUGCAUCCAUGUAAAAACAGCUAUGUUUGGAAGAUCUAAAACCCAGCUUUUGUUUUUGAGAAGCCAACAAUCUAAAGGGUAGGAUCACAUAUAUGUACAACUAACCGUAAUGCAUGGUGUUUUGAAAAAUGCACGUAUCUCCCUGAAUUACCACUAGUUAAUAAAAUAAUUGGGAGCAAAUGGUAAUAUAAGGAUUUUGGAGUAACUUAAUACCACUAGAUUUUGCUGUUUAUACAUUUACAAAAAACUUUCUGCUAAUGCUAAAGAAAUACGAACAAGUCUAUAUGCAUAAAGGAAGGUAGGGCUAAUUUACUUCCUGGUGCUAUGAAACUGGCAAUUGGACACGUGCAAUUGUGGGUGUCUUUUUUUUUUUUUAAGGUGUACCUGUUGCAGGUUUGAAAAGCUGUUGAUGCUCAUGGGUUGUUUGUGUGCAUGUUCUCUUUAAAAACCAGAUGUGUAUUCAUUCCCUUUUUUUUUUUUUUUUUUUUGAGACGGAGUCUUGCUCUGUAGCCCAGGCUGGAGUGCAGUGGCGCGAUCUCAACUCACUGCAAGCUCCGCCUCCAGGGUUCACGCCAUUCUCCUGCCUCAGCCCCCCGAGUAGCUGGGACCACAGGCGCCCGCCACCGCGCCUGGCUAAUUUUUUGUAUUUUUAGUAGAGACAGGGUUUCACCGUGUUAGCCAAGAUGGUCUCGAUCUCCUGACCUCGUGAUCCGCCCGCCUCGGCCUCCCAAAGUGCUGGGAUACAGGCGUGAGCCACCGCGCCUGGCCAUUCCCAUUGUUAAGUAUACUUUGCUAUUUGCUGCUGGUGAGACAGAUGACGAGUCACGUCUUUAACUGCACUUGAGUUUCCAAUGACCCCAUUAAAUCCAAUGGGUAAAUUUUCCAAUGAAGAUUACUCACCCAAUUUACAGAUUAAGCUUUCAUAUCCUUAGAUUGUAUCUGAAAUCUUCAUAGCUUUGCCCACCUUUUAGGAUUCAGAGUUACUACCCAUUCAGUGUCGAUGGCCUUUAGCUGUUGGCAAGCUUCCAAGUAAAUAGCUCUUUUGCAGAGAUCUCUACCCAUUCUAUUCUUCCACUCCUGGAUGGUGGAGAACCAAAGUUCACUUGAGUAAUGCGCAUGCCCAGCACCCAAUUUCCUGCAGGGGUUAGCACGGAUAUUGGAGGCUCCCCCGACCCCACAGAUAUUCGGGAUGGGGUAUUGGAGGGGGCUUGGUUUUUUUUUUUUUUUUUUUUGAGACGGAGUCUCGCUCUGUCGCCCAGGCUGGAGUGCAGUGGCGCGAUCUCGGCUCACUGCAAGCUCCGCCUCCCGGGUUCACGCCAUUCUCCUGCCUCAGCCUCUCCGAGUAGCUGGGACUACAGGCGCCCGCCACCACGCCCGGCUAAUUUUUUUGUAUUUUUAGUAGAGACGGGGUUUCACCGUGGUCUCGAUCUCCUGACCUCGUGAUCCGCCCGCCUCGGCCUCCCAAAGUGCUGGGAUUACAAGCGUGAGCCACCGCGCCCGGCCCGGGGGCUUGGUUUUUAAGAGGACAUGUGAAAGUAAUUAACCCGAUUUACAUUUGUAUAAUGAGUCCAAACACCACCUUGCAAAAGAAUUGAGAAUUCAGCCUGCUUAAUGGAGUUUCUGCUUUUCACGGUCCUUGGCCUUACCGACGGUUUACAGUCCAGCCAGAUUUAGUUAACAAACAAAACCAGGUCGACCUCACUGCAUGAUGGCAGCGAGCGUUUUAAAGCGCAGGAUCCUUAGUCUCCUCAAUAGUUUUGUCUAAAGUUGUCCAAGUAUUUUUUUUUAAAGUGAGGUGAUCCAGUCUGUAAAUGCUUUGAAAAAGAAUAGCUGUCCCCUGAGCGGGCAUUAGUCGCGUGUGAGGUCAGGGCCCAUUAUUGCGCGUGUUCGGAGCGCCGCGCUGGUCUAUGAGCGAGCGCCUCGGGUUGUGGCUGGGUCGGGCCGGGGCGGGGCUGUCUUCGCGCGGAACGUGCUGGGGGCGGGUCGCGCCGGGCCGGGCCGCUAGUGCGCAUGGGCGGGCGUCCUCGGCUCUAACUGCCGCCAGUUUCCACACGCUGGGAGGGGCCGUUACCUCAGAGAUACCCGUGGCCGGCAUGUCGGUUGAAAAAGCUUCCCGGAAGGGAGACGAAGAGAAAGGAGAGGAGCAGCUCGUGAUCAUCCCCGGUAGCGAGUACGCGGCGAAGCAGGCGGCGGCGGAGGGAGCGCCGAUGAAGAUGGAUGUGACAGUGAGGGCCGCGGGCUGCUCUGACGACCUCAGCUCUGGGGAGGCCGACAUAGACCCAAAGCUCCUGGAGCUCACCGCUGACGAGGAGAAGUGCCGCAGCAUCCGCAGGCGGUACCGGCAGCUCAUGUACUGCGUGCGGCAGAACCGGGAGGACAUCGUGAACUCGGCGAACAACUCCUUAACCGAGGCUCUGGAGGAAGCCAACGUCCUGUUUGAUGGCGUGAGCCGAACCAGAGAAGCAGCCCUCGACGCCCAGUUUCUUGUUAUGGCUUCUGAUUUGGGUAAAGAAAAGGCAAAGCAGUUAAACUCAGAUAUGAACUUCUUUAAUCAGUUAGCAUUUUGUGACUUUCUGUUUCUGUUCGUGGGUCUGAAUUGGAUGGAAGGCGAUCCUGACAAGUUGAGUGAUUGUGAUGAUAGCAUAGCUCUUUCCUUCUGGAAGGCAAUAGAAAAGGAAGCAACAUCCUGGAUGGUAAAAGCUGAGACAUUCCAUUUUGUUUUUUGUUCAUUCAAGCUAGAACCUUCUGCACCAAAGCCCCGACUUGAACACCAGAGAAAAGUUCGCAAGAUAGAAGAAAAUGGGAACAUGCCUACGAAGUUGCGGCAGUUGGACCUGAGUAGUUAUCCAGAAGCGACAGAAAAAAACGUAGAAAGGAUUUUGGGAUUGUUGCAAACCUACUUUCGAAAGUAUCCUGAUACUCCUGUGUCCUAUUUUGAGUUUGUGAUUGAUCCAAACUCUUUUUCUCGUACUGUGGAGAAUAUAUUUUAUGUUUCUUUUAUUGUAAGAGAUGGUUUUGCAAGAAUAAGGCUUGAUGAAGACAGGCUGCCAAUAUUAGAGCCGAUGAAUGUUAACCAAAUGGGUGAGGGAAAUGAUUCCAGUUGCCAUGGCAGGAAACAGGGAGUUAUAUCUUUGACUUUACAGGAGUGGAAAAACAUUGUGGCAGCUUUUGAAAUUUCUGAGGCUGUGAUUACAUAUUCCUCAUAGUAAAGAUUUCUUAGUAUAGGAUCCUUUUUGUGUUUUUUUCUGAAGUUAUCUCAGAUGUAGAGCAAAAUGUAAACUGAAGCACAUGUUGUAUCUCUUGUAAAGGGAAAAAGUAUUUUCAAGAACAUCCGACAUUGUUUUACUGUGCAGCGUAUUUUUCUUAGUAAUUUAUAAGGUCAUGAUCUUCUGUUAUUAAAACAUUCACUGGCAUAUUUAUGGGAGCGUUUUAUUGAAUGCCCUUUAAGACUAUUAAUAAAAACAAGUUUUGGAUACCAAA